CAGAUGAAAGUGCCGGAGGUACUGCGAGUCAGUCAGUGCUUUGAAGUACUGUACUUCGGUUGUGUUUUCCGAUAUGGCCGAAGUUGAAAGCUUGGCCCAUUUGGCAUUUUUCUUUAUUUAGGACUUGGGGAAAAAAGCCCCCCAAUCGGGGUGAAAUACACGAAAUUAGACCCGAUGAGAUGUUAACCGGCGACGGCUGCAGAAACCGACUGUACACUCUCGAAGUGGUUAAAUACUAUAGGCUCCUAAAAUGCGGAUCAACCUGAAACUGACGAUACUCUGCAUCUGUAUUUGCCUCACCAUCCUUUCUGUAUCCAUAUGGACGAGAUGCGGAGGCGAAAUCCCUUCCUUCCCUAGUUCGUUCAAAGACGAAUCCGUCAGAAGCAAAAUACAGAGUGCUAUUGGUUCUGAGGGCAGUGGGCUGGAAGAGAUAGAAUGCCACAUAAACGGCGAAUACAGUGUCCCUUGUCGAAAGGAAGGUGAUGAAGUAUACUUGCCAUUUUCGUUUAUACACAAAUAUUUCGAGGUGUACGGGAAGAUAGCUAUCUACGAUGGCUAUGAAAGAUUCGAAUGGUCCCACUCUUAUUCCAAGGUCUACUACCCAAAGGGCAAGUACGAUCCGCGGGGUGUUUUCCUGUACUUUGAAAACUACAAUGUCGAACUUAGAGAGAGAGUCAAGUGUAUCAGCGCAACCGAAGGGGUCCCGGUAUCGACCCAGUGGGAAUCGUCCGGCUACUACUAUCCCACUCAGGUCGCCCAAUUCGGGCUGGCGCAUUAUUCAAAAAAUCUCACCGAGCCUGAACCAAGGGUUAAAGUACUUGAUGAUGGUGUUGGUGUAAUGGGCGAAUGGGUUACAGAUUAUUCAAAAAUCUCAAGAACUGCCCAUACUUUUGUUUUCAACUCAAGCGAAGGGCAUGUUUCUUUAAAACUCGAUCAUGUACUAGACUUUGUCUUGUCCGUUGAGUUGAUGUUAAAAGCAUCCGAAAAUUCUUCCUUUACAGUGGUGUUACAAAACAGAGAGAAAAAAGAAACCUGGUCACUUCAUUAUUCCUGUUUAUCACCUCUUAUUUAUUCCAAGGAUCAAGAUGUUUAUCAUAAAAUUGUUUGUGAGGACGGCCAUUGGUCACUUCUCAUCCGUGAUCUUCUCAUAGACCUUCAAAAGGGACUUGCUGCGCAAUCAAAACCUAAGAAAAAACUUCUUAGAUCUAAAUUCAAAGUAACAAAUAUUUAUUUAGAGGGAAGUGGUAAAUUAGCAAAUUUGAGCUUGUCUACAAGCAGGCAUUUAGAACAGUUUUACCUUGCUGCAGACUGGCUUGUAAAACACCAAGACCAACGUACUGGUGGAUGGCCUAAUGCUGUCAAAAGGAAAGGCCCAUUGGGGAUGAAGGAUUUGCAGCCAGGAUGGCUGUCUGCGAUGGGACAAGGGCAUGGCAUGUCGUUAUUAGCUAGGGCGUAUUACCAUUCGAGGAAAGUUGUUUACCUCCAAUCUGCACUUUUGUCACUGAGACCAUUUCAUGCACCCAGUUCGCAAGGAGGUGUUCUCGCUCACUUUAUGGGCGGCCUCCCAUGGUAUGAGGAGUACCCCACUCAGCCCCCAUCGUUCGUCCUGAAUGGCUUUAUUUAUUCUCUCAUUGGCCUUUAUGAUCUGAUUACGCUUAUUCCAAAGAACCAUGAAGCAGUGGUCCUGUUCAAUCAAGGGAUGGCUUCAUUAAAAAGGCUUUUACCACUUUUUGACAAUGGCUCAGGUAGUAAUUAUGAUCUGAGACAUGUCUCUUUAGGGGUUGCGCCGAAUGUGGCCAGGUGGGACUAUCAUGCGACACAUGUCAACCAGCUUCUCCUCCUCGCGACUCUCGACAACAGCACUGUACUCUCUUCGACUGCGGAAAGGUGGCUUGGCUACAUGGCAGGUAAACGCGCCGCACACAAUUAAACUCUAGUUUUUCAUUCACCAUUUACACGCCUUGGUGUAAAAAUUUCUGUCGAGAUGUGUAGACUGUAAUAUAUUCGGAUUAUUGUGGAGUGUUGGGAAUAGGAAAUUAGAACUGAGGGGUUAAACAACUGUGCAAUUUUUUAAAAUUUUUUAUUUAGACUUUGCAAUUUUAUGAAGGAAAAAGGAUUUUUUUAAAAAAUUGAAAUAAGGCAAUUCUAUCUCUGUGAUGUCAGUCCACUUCUGUGAUAUAAACAUUUAUCAUUUUGUUUCCGCCUCUUCACAACUUAAACAACUAUUCUCAGCACUCCAUUAUAAUUAACAUAUGUUUAUAUUGUUGCUGAAAUUGAUGCUUCGUUGUCUACAUUAAAAUUAGCUAAUUCUACAAAAAUAUUACUAUAUUUUAUCUCAUCUUUUAAGUUGGGACACUGUAUAAAAUACUCAUUUUUCAAUACAAGUUGGUAGGACUUACUCAAACUGUUUAUCAGUAAAAAUUUAAAAAUUGGAAACUAUUUUACUUACUUUUAAUAAUUUAAAUUAGUUACUUACAUGACCUACAAAGAAAAGGGCUUUAAAUUGUAGUUUUAAUGUUUAUUCUGUUGAUAAAACGAGAGAUUUUAAAAGUGUUUGAAGAGUUUAUAAACAUUAUGGUCUAUUAAUUUUUUUUUUAAAUCUGAGAAUUUAAAUGUUACAAAUUGCUUUAUGUGUCAUCUCUAGUUUUGUGAUGUAAUAUUUUAACUGAAUGAGUUGUUUUUAAAGACUGCAAGGAUCUCUUUACCUGGUUUUCAAUUUUUUUUCCUAUAUACAAAAAUUAGAGUAUAUAUUAAAGGAAAUAUAAAAAUUUAUCUUCCUCGACUCAAAAGAAAAUAUUAUAACCAGUCAAUUACUACAAUUAGAAGUUAGACACUAAUGGAAAAAAUGGAGUAGGGUAAUAAUUACAUGGUUGUGUAUAAAAAAAGCUUUAGAUGUAAACGACAUAGGGGUAGACAAGUUGCAUUUACAAGAGUGAUGGCUAUAAAUAUAUUUCUUGUCUUUUAUUUCGCCAUUAUCUCUGUUCAUUUCUUAGUCCGAAUUUCUUUCCGGCAGCUUGAAUUCAAAAUUAGUUUUGUAAAAUUGAGAGAUUUUUAAAAAUAGACGAGUGUUUGUAUUGGUAUGGAGCGUUUUGUGAAAACAAAUGUAAACCGCAAAAGUGGCAAGUAGUAAGUACACCCCCCUCGUCCUCAAAAAAAGAACAGAAUCAUUUUGUAAUUUUUUCAGUGGACAAUACUUAAUUUUGUACUUAAUACUCUUCACUUCGUCGGGACAAUCUUUCUAGUCUAGUAUUUUAUUAUUUAAACUUGCCACUGACAUUGGUUGAACACAUAAGAAUAAAUGGAAAAUAGACAAUCUAGCAACCUUGGUUGAUGACCAAUUUUCUACUUGGACUCUGCUGUUAAAAAAAAAAAAAAAAAAAAAAAACUUUUAUGAAU